AUGUCAACCAACGCGCAGCCAGUCAAGCUCUCACUACCCCUUGAAUACCAGCAGAACCUCUUCCAAGAGCUGAGAAAUGAAGAUGAGCUGGUUGUCCUCGCCCGCGGCUUGGGGCUGAUGCGCCUCGUCACGAAUUUGCUCCAUUCGUACGAUGCAGCAGGUAACAACCUGGUUAUCCUCGUCGGUGCCGAUGAACGAGAGAACAACUGGAUUGGAGAGGCCUUGGCUGAGCAUGCCGCCAUCAGCAUGUCCCUCAACGCCAGGGGCCUCACAGUUGUCAACACCGACUUCACCAGCGUUGGCACUAGAGAAAGAAUGUAUAUCCGUGGUGGAAUAUUCAGCAUCACGUCGCGAAUCUUGGUUGUCGACCUUUUGACUAACCUCAUCGACGCCGAGAAGAUCACAGGGCUCAUCGUUCUUCACGCCGAUCGCGUCGUCGCGACGUCAUUAGAAGCCUUUAUUCUGCGAAUCUACCGGCAGAAGAACAAAGCUGGCUUUUUGAAGGCAUUCUCAGAUAAUCCCGAUCCAUUUUCGAUCGGGUUUUCCCCAUUAACCACCAUGAUGAGGAACCUGUUUCUGAGAAAAGCUUCGUUAUGGCCACGCUUUCACGUAACGGUUGCCCAGUCGCUAGAAGGGAAGAAGACUGCAGAGGUUAUUGAAUUGAAUAUCUCAAUGAGUGAGGCUAUGAGGGACAUUCAGAACGCCAUCAUGGAAUGCGUCGAGGUCAGCAUCCAUGAGUUGAAGAAGGGCAAUAACGGCCUAGAAAUGGAGGACUGGAAUCUCGACAGCGCCUUGCACAAGAACUUUGACGUGAUUAUCAGACGGCAGCUCGACCCUAACUGGCAUCGAGUGAGCUGGAAGACCCGGCAAAUCGUUAACGAUUUAAGUGUCCUUCGAGGCAUGCUUCAGUCGGUUCUCACCCUUGAUGCCGUCUCGUUCUUGCAACACCUGGACACCAUUCACGCAGCACAUUCCCCGCCUCCCGGGUCAACGAGGCAGAACCAGUCCCCCUGGCUAUUUCUCGAUGCUGCCCAAACGAUAUUCGAGACAGCACGACGACGAGUUUACUCCGCCAGCUCAAAAGCCGCCACGGCGGAAGCAAAUAUCGAUUUACUCCGUCCCGUCCUCGAGGAACAGCCGAAAUGGGCGUGGCUGGCGGACGUCUUGACGGAGAUCGACAAUAGCAUGCAUUUCGACCCCCCGGUCCGCGACGACUCCAACGGUACUAUACUUAUCAUGUGCGGCGAUACCAACACUUGCCGGCAACUUCGCGACUACCUGCAGACGAUGCAUUUCAAGCCAAAAGUCGAGAAGGACCCAACGAAAGAAGACGACGAAGAAGAAGACCAGCCGUCCGGCGCCUUCAUGAUGCGACGAAAACUACGCAACUAUCUGAGGUGGAAGCGGGAGUUUGCUCAAGUUAACGCAACGCUCUUCUCCGAAAACCAGAAAGCCCUGAACGGUGCAACUGAUCGGUCAGGCCAGCGACUUCGUGGCAAAGCGCCAUCGAACAAGCGGAGGCGGGUGAGAGGCGGCGGUGUUGCCGGAACGUCUCUCGGCCGGGCCGACAAUGGUAGUAUCCUUCAAUUCUUUGAGCGACCGGCAGAAGUCGAUGACCUCAUGGCCGAAGUGCAAAUCACGGAAGAAGAAGCAGAGCAGAAGCCAGAAAUCGUGAGCGACCCCUUAGAGAACAUGGAGGACUACUAUCAACUGUACGAGAUGCAAGAUUUGGUCGUCAUACACGCGUACGAUGGAGACCAGGACGAGCAUGUCUUGGAAGAGGUCAAGCCGCGGUACAUUAUCAUGUAUGAACCCGAUGCUGCCUUCAUUCGUCGAGUCGAGGUCUACCGGUCGUCUCACAACGACAGAAAUGUCCGCGUGUACUUCAUGUACUACGGCGAAUCAGUAGAGGAGCAACGCUACUUGUCAAGUGUGCGACGCGAGAAGGACGCAUUUACGAAACUCAUCAAAGAGCGGGCGUCCAUGUCGCUGGUGAUGACGGUAGAUCCGCACGGCGCCGAGGACCCGCAGGAGGCCUUCCUGCGAACGAUCAACACGCGAAUCGCCGGCGGUGGGCGUCUCGCUGCCACAGCACAGCCGCCUCGCGUGGUCGUUGACGUGCGAGAAUUCCGGUCGUCGCUCCCUUCACUCCUACACGGCCGAUCCAUGAUCAUCGUUCCCUGCAUGCUGACAGUAGGAGACUACGUCUUAUCGCCCUCCAUCUGCGUUGAGCGCAAGUCCAUCAGCGAUCUGAUCUCCUCCUUCAAGGACGGACGACUAUACGCCCAGUGUGAGACCAUGUUCCAGCACUACAAGAGCCCUAUGCUCCUCAUUGAAUUCGAUCAGAACAAAUCCUUUACACUAGAGCCCUUCGCCGACCUGUCGGGCAGCCUCAACAGCAUUGCACCUACCAAUGUCUCGUCCGACUUGCAAUCCAAGCUCGUUCUACUCACGCUGGCAUUCCCGAAGCUGCGCAUCAUCUGGUCGUCCUCGCCGUACCAGACUGCCGAGAUCUUUGAGUCGCUCAAGUCGCAGGAGGACGAACCAGAUCCGAUCGCCGCGGUUCGCGCCGGCUUGGAUAGUGACAUGAAGGCAGAAGACCAGGCGUUCAAUUUGGAGCCACAGGAAAUGCUCAGCGCCGUACCAGGGGUCAACCCAAAGAAUAUCAUGCGAUUGGUCCUGGCGACAGAGAAUAUACGAGAGGUUGCCAACUUGAGCGAGCGUGAGCUAGAGCCAAUGGUCGGCAAAGAGGCUGGACGGCAAAUAUACGGGUUCUUCAACCGAAAUGUGCUAGAAGAUUAA